UACAACCGGUUUGGUUCAGGAAACACGCGUGAGGCAACUUCAGAGGCGUGUUACAGAAGUUAAAUUUUCCACCAUACAGUCAGUAAUUUAGCAGCGAUUAUGGGGGACCCUUUAGCUGAAUAUUCUACUCGACUCCUACAACAGGAGAAAGAAAUCAAGGCACUCUCGGCUGAAAUCGAGAGUCUGAAGAAUCCAGCUUCGCUGGGGGUUCCCAAUCACAUAGAGGAACUGAGAGAAGAGAAUACCAAACUCAAGUACCGUCUCAACAUCCUGAAACGAAGUCUUCAGGAGGAGAGGAUGGAGUGCACCAAGACCAUGAUGAACAUCAACCUGCGGCUCCAGGAGAUCUUCGGGGAGGCCAUCCACGCCGCCUGCCCGGAGCUGGAGAGCCCUCCCUUGGCUGUCACGCCCAGCCAGCAGCCCAAGUUUGGAGACUACCAGUGCAACAGCGCCAUGGCCAUGUCACAGAUGCUCAAGGCUAAGGGAGUGAAGGCCAACCCAAGAGAGAUUGCGGAGAAGAUAGUCCAGAAUAUUCCGGAGAACGAGCUGAUCCAGAGCACGGACAUCGCAGGCCCAGGGUUCAUUAAUGUCCACCUGAGGAAGGCCAUCGUGUCCAAGCUGCUGACCAACCUGCUGGUCAAUGGGGUGCAGCCCCCUCCCCUGGAGUCCAAGAAGAAGGUGGUUGUGGAUUUCUCGUCGCCCAACAUUGCCAAGGAGAUGCACGUGGGCCACUUGCGCUCCACCAUCAUCGGGGACAGCAUGUGCCGCCUCUUUGAGUUCCUGGGAUACGAUGUGCUCAGGCUGAACCACGUAGGGGACUGGGGCACCCAGUUCGGCAUGCUCAUUGCCCACCUGCAGGACAAGUUCCCCAACUACCUCACCGUCUCCCCACCCAUUGGAGACCUCCAGGCCUUCUACAAGGAGUCUAAAAAGCGUUUUGAUGAGGAUCAAGACUUCAAGAAGAGGGCCUACCAGUGCGUGGUCAAACUGCAGAGCAAAGAGCCCGACUUCAUCAAGGGCUGGAACCUGAUCUGUGACGUGUCCAGGAAAGAGUUCCAGAAGGUGUACGACUGCCUGGACGUCAGCCUGUAUGAGAGAGGAGAGUCCUACUACCAGGAUCUGAUGACUCAGGUGGUCAAGGAGUUCGAAGAGAAAGGUUUUGUGGAGAUGGACGAGGGCAGGAAGGUGGUGUUUGCCCCGGGCCAGUCUAUUCCUCUGACCGUGGUAAAGUCAGACGGAGGCUACACGUAUGACACCUCCGACCUGGCCGCCCUGCGCCAGCGCCUCUUCCAGGAGAAGGCUGACAUCAUCAUCUACGUUACAGACAGUGGACAGGGGAUCCACUUUUCGGUCGUGUUUGCCGCUGCACGGAUGAUCGGAUGGUACGACCCCAAAGUAACACGGGUGGAACAUGCUGGCUUCGGAGUGGUGCUUGGAGAGGACAAGAAGAAGUUCAAGACUCGCUCUGGCGAUACAGUGAGGCUCAUGGAUUUGCUGGAGGAGGGGCUGAAGAGGAGUAUGGACAAACUGAAGGACAAGGAGCGGGACAAGGUGCUGUCCCCAGAGGAGCUGGUGAAGGCCCAGAGGUCGGUGGCGUUCGGCUGCAUCAAGUACGCCGACCUGUCGCACAACCGCAUCAACGACUAUGUCUUCUCCUUCGACAAGAUGCUGGACGACCGGGGAAACACUGCCGCAUACCUGCUCUACGCCUUCACCAGGAUCAGGUCCAUCGCCCGGCUGGCCAACAUUGACGAGGCGACGCUGCGCAAGGCUGCGGAGACGACAGAGGUGCUCCUGGACCACGAGAAGGAGUGGAAGCUGGGCAAGACCAUCCUGCGCUUCCCCGAGAUCCUGCAGAAGAUCCUGGACGACCUGCUGCUCCACACGCUCUGCGACUACCUGUACGAGCUCGCCACCACCUUCACCGAGUUCUACGACAGCUGCUACUGCGUGGAGAAGGACAGACAGACAGGUGAGGUGGUGAAGGUCAACAUGUGGAGGAUGCUGCUGUGCGAGGCCACGGCGGCCAUCAUGGCCAAAGGCUUCGACAUCCUGGGCAUCAACCCAGUCCAUAGGAUGUGAGGCAGAAACUCACAAGUACCGCCAGCGGAGCCCCGCGCUCAAACACACAGUCAGAGGCAGACAUGCAAAUACGCAUACCCACAAACACACAGACGCACACACACACAAACGCAAUGGAGCCCCAAAUCGGCCAUGUUACACACACACACAAACACACAAACACAAACACAAACACAAACACACACACACACACACACACACACACACACACACACACACACACACACACACACACACACACACACACACACACACACACACACACACAGCAACGGACCCCAAAUCGGUUAACACACACAGUCAAGCACGCACGUGCACAUAUACUCCACAUCUGACGUGUGCAAAUGUCAGGUCGGUGAGGAGACGGGAUGGGCCACCUCCAAAAGGAAAACACUUGUGGUGUAAAUGACGGGGCCACCUGGUCAAAACACCAUGCCAACCUUACACCUACUGAGAUGUUCAGGACAUUACCAUUAAAUGAUAUAAUAAAAAGCAGAAAUACCAAUACUUUGCUGGAAAUAAGGACUGGAUCCUCUGUUGCAAAAUGUGUACAUGUUAUUAAUUUCCUCACUAAAGGGCAGUUAAAAAAUAUUAAUUAUUUUCAUGUUUCCUUUUUCUACCUGUGCAUCAUUUUGCCCCCACCUUGUUUAUUAAGCUGCUUUUUUAAGUUACCGAUUCCUUUAUUUACCCAAGCUAAAAAGCUGAGCACCCAUAUUCACAAGACAAAUUUACCUUCAAAUGAAUAAAUAACUAGAGCCAA